AUGGCCGGCUUCAUUCAAAAAGGCGUCAAGAACAUUCUGUCCAAGCAGCCCAACGACGUCGUUAUCCUGUCAGCUCUACGAACCCCAGUCACUCGUGCAAAGAAAGGAGGAUUCAAGGAUGCUUACGAUCAUGAAUUGCUCGCACACGUCCUGAAGGCGACCCUCGAAGCCAACCCGAACUUAGACCCUGCGAAGAUCCAGGACAUCCAAAUAGGCAAUGUCCUCUCAGAACUUGGUGGCAGCAAGGCAGGCAGAAUGGCCUCAUUGCAUGUGGGAUACCCGGAGACCUCCUCGUUUCAAACCGUCAACAGAGCAUGUUCAAGUGGUCUUGCGGCCAUCACUGGUAUUGCUCAUUCCAUCGCUGUCGGCAGCAUCGACGUAGGUGUUGGUGGUGGUAUGGAGAGCAUGACCAGAAACUACGGUAGCCGAGCCAUCCCCACACAACUCUGGGACGAACUCAAGAACACAUCCGUCAAGGAUGCCAAGGACUGUAUUAUGUCCAUGGGUCUCACCGCUGAGAAUGUGGCCGAGCGUUAUGGAGUCUCAAGAGCGGACCAGGACGCAUUUGCCGCCAACUCACACCAGAAGGCAGCCAAGGCACAAAGAGAUGGACUAUUUGACAAGGAGAUCGUUCCCGUCAAGACAAGAACGCAUCCCAACCCGGAGACUCCUGAGGUUACCGAGGAGAUUAUCGUCAGCAAAGACGAUGGAAUCAGACCCAAGAGCACCCCAGAAAGCCUUGCAGGAAUGAAGCCUGCAUUUAAGCCUGAUGGUGCUGCCACAGCCGGAAACAGUAGUCAAGUGUCUGACGGUGCAGCUGCCGCAUUGAUGAUGAGAAGAAGCACUGCCAUCCAACUUGGUCUCGAGAAGAACAUCAUUGGCAAGUGGGCAGGUACUCAGGUUGUCGGUUGCAAGCCCGACGAGAUGGGCAUUGGUCCUGCUAUCGCCAUCCCCAAGCUGCUUGAGUACACUGGUAUCUCCACAGCCGAUGUUGGCAUCUGGGAGAUCAACGAAGCAUUCGCCAGUCAAGCCAUUCACUGUAUCCGAACCCUUGGCAUUUCCGAGGACAAGGUCAACCCCAAGGGUGGUGCUAUCGCCCUUGGUCACCCUCUUGGUGCCACUGGAGCUAGACAGCUCGCCACGCUUCUGCCUGAAAUGGAGAGACAAGGUCAAGAAAUUGGCCUAAUAUCCAUGUGUGUUGGAACAGGAAUGGGCAUGGCCAGUCUUAUUGUUCGCGAAUUCUGA